AUGUGGAAGCGCUUCUGCCAGCUGCUGCGGAUCGCGUAUCACCCAGAAACCGACGGCGCGACAGAACGAAUGAACCGAGAAGUAGAGGAGAUCCUUCGCAUAUGGACAAACUGCCUUCAAGAGAAUUGGCUAGACUUGUUGCCGAUAGUCAUGGCCACUGUCAACGGAAGAGAGGCGACCUCCACAGGCCUCCGUCUAUUCUUCCUCAUGCAGGGAUACGCCUGGAGAUUGGUCCAUCUCAACCUGAAAAAUGUCAAGACAUCGCGGCCUUGUAAGAGCCCGACUGGCUACCACGUGCUCGAGGAGGUCAACCCACAUGUCUACAAGAAAUGCCGUUCUGGCCUGGUCAACUCUGUUCCGAGCGAGGCCUUGGGCAUGUCAACUUCAUCGGUAGACAACAACGCCGCCUCCCCCCUCUCAACCACGCGGCCCGUACCGCUAGGUAUGGACGGACGCCUCUGGAUGCAAAUGAAAGCUGCAUCCAAUAACAACCUAGAAGCACGUCUGCACGCCUGCGUCCGCGACAAAGACAUGUCCAAGCUGCGGGAGCUCCUCCCUCUCCGCCGGACCGGCGAGCUUGACCUCAACCACUGUGACCUAGACUUCGGCUCUGCUCUUCAAGUCGCUGUGCCAUGCGUCAACAUGACGGCGGCAGGCAUCCUCCUUGAUGCCGGCGCCAACCCUUGGGCUUUCAAUAGUUCUGCUGAGCCGCAAACUUCGGCGCUUGACAUGGCGAUUCAAACGGGCAACCGUGACAUGUUCACCCGUAUUUGUGAAAAGAUGGCCUCGGGAAGCGAUGAAAUUUCGCAACAGCGCUAUCGCAUCCUUCUAGACCGGACAGCCCUCACUGGUCAGGCCGCCAUGGUCGAGGAUGUCUUGGGUUGGGCUGGUGGCUGGUCGGAAGCUGCCUUGGAGCACGCCCUCGAGAACGCGGUGUCGGCAUGGCACGUUGAGGUCGUUCGGCUUCUUUUGGACCGCUUCGAUUACUCGCCGCUAUGCAUCGGCUCAUCUCCUCAUCUCUCUGCCGGGCGGCCGGCUUCAGGUCGGACCUGCUCGGCCAUCCUCGUGCAGAAAGCACAGGUUUGGAUUAUAUGA